AUGACUCUACAUGACUACGACGCUGUUGCUGAUGAUAUUCGCAGUAUUCUUAAAAACGAGGAUUGGGAUGACGGUUCUUUAGGUCCUGUACUUGUGCGUCUGUCAUGGCAUGCUUCUGGUACUUAUGACCACAAGACAAAAACAGGUGGUUCUAAUGGUGCAACCAUGCGAUUUGCACCCGAGUCCACUGACGAUGCUAAUGCUGGUCUUGAACAUGCUCGACGAUUCCUUGAACCCAUCAAGGCCAAACACCCUUGGAUCACCUAUGCUGAUUUGUGGACCCUUGCUGGAGUGGUUGCUUUGCAUGCCAUGAAUGGACCCAAGGUUGCAUGGAGACCAGGUAAACACAAUAGUUUGCUCUAUAUUCCUCCAAAUGGUCGUCUUCCUGAUGCUGCCCAGGGUGCUCAUCACGUUCGUGAUAUCUUUUAUCGUAUGGGUUUCAACGAUCAGGAGAUUGUUGCUCUCAGUGGUGCUCAUGCAUUGGGUAGAUGCCAUGCUGACCGUAGUGGUUUUUCUGGACCGUGGACUCACACUCCAACCAGGUUUUCCAAUCAAUAUUUUGUUUUAUUAACAACUGUGAAAUGGACCAAGAAAGUGUGGGAUGGGCCAGAGCAAUUCAAAGACCCUGAUGAUGAACUCAUGAUGCUGCCUACUGAUAUGGCUUUAUUACACGAUCCGACAUUUGCAAAGUAUGUCCAUCUAUAUGCCAAAGACAAGGAAGCCUUUUCAAAGGAUUUUGCUGCUGCCUAUGCCAAACUUCUUGAAUUGGGCAUUCCUCGUACCAAGAUCUGA